AUGGCGUACAUCCCUGCACCUGGCUACCAGCCCAACUACAACCCGCCCCUCCCUCAUGCCACCCCCAUCGCCGGGGGGUUGCGGCCCGGGAUGUCCAUCUACGUUCAGGGCAUAGUGCCCCAUCACACCAAGAGGUUCCGCGUGAAUUUCGCCUGUGGCCCGCAGAAGGGGGCCGAUAUCGCCCUGCACUUCAACCCCCGCUUCGACAGCGGGGACAAGAUCGUCCUCAACAGCUUCCAGCAGGGCCAGUGGGCCAAGGAAGAGCACAAGGAGGACAUGCCCUUCCGCAAGGGGCAGCCCUUCGAGCUGCUCUUCACCAUCACCCCCGAGGGCUACCAGAUCAUGGUGAACAGGGCCCCCUGCUACGAGUUCCGGCACCGCAUCCCACCCGAGCACGUGCAGGUCGUCGACGUGGACGGGGACCUCGAGUUGCAGUCGCUCAACGUCAUCGGAGGGGGCAUGAUGGGAGGUGGGGGGAUGUAUUACCAGCAACCCGGGAUGCUUCCAAAUAUGCCUCCGCCACCCACAAGCCUGCCGAUGAUGGCUGGCCCGGCUUCCUUUCACCCGCAAGUCCCCUACGUUGCUAACUUCCCAGGCGGGCUGACACCCAAGAAGACAGUGGUGGUGAAAGGAUUAGUCCCGCAGGGCGCUAAGAGCUUCAGCAUCAACUUCAAGAUGGGCCACUCCAAGGAUAUCGCCCUGCAUAUUAACCCUCGCCUGAAUGAGAAGACCGUGGUCAGGAACAGCCUCCUGAAUGGGCAGUGGGGCUCAGAGGAGCGAGAGCUGCCUCACAACCCCUUCCAGCCUGGCCAGUACUUUGAUCUCUCCAUCCGCUGCGGGAACGGACGUUUCAAGGUCUUCGCCAACGGGCAGCCGCUCUUCAAAUACAACCACCGUUUCCGCGAGUUCCAGCAGAUCGACACGCUGGAGAUCAACGGCGACGUGGUCCUGUCCUACGUCCAGUUCUGAGCCCAGCCCCGCCGCCCAGCUCAGGAGGGACACACAACACUGCCCCCCCCCGCCCCCGGCUGGCAUCGCAGACCCAAUAAACUA